UUUCAACAUGUAGUUUGAAAAGUAGCUUUCUGUUUUAUAACAAAUAUAUAUUUUUCAGAAAGAGUGACAUGUUAAACUGAGUGUUUUAUAAAAGAUCUUUGCAAAUAAGCAUUAAACUGACUUAUUGAACUAUUUUUGUCAUUUUUAGCAAGCAUUUUAAAAAGUCAGAAAUAUUCAAAGUUGCUGGAACAAGACCAGUUUAAGUGUUGACUAAUAGCUGUAAUACAUUUCCAUCCAACAGCUACUUUAGGUGGGAUUAUUUUUGAUGCACUGUUCAGACACCAAUAUACAAACUGCUUCUUUUUGAACAAAUACAAACAAAACAUCAGCACUGAUGUAAGAACACAAUGACGUAACGGAUAACCUGCUUUUAUCACUGUUGUAGAUGCCAUGGCGGUGGAGGACAUUGUUUUCCACUAUCAGACAUCUUUAACAAUGGAAACAGUAAAAUAGGUUAAAGCUGGACAAACCAGCCGUCAAGAGGCUUCCUCUGCCAUAUUUUCUAGCUUCUCAGGUGUAAGACUUUCUGGACCACAGGUGAGGUAAGACUCAAAGAGAGUAACCUUAAAUUUCUGAAUCAGGUUUAGGCUUUAGAUUAUUUCUGUGUGUUUUGGAUUAAUACUUGGAACUUCUGCAUCUUGUUUGGUAAUGAAAACUCUUCAGAGAGCAGAAGUAGAUCACAUCACACCAUGUUUUUUUCUAGAUAAAGAGUAUUUUGCUUUGUAGAAACAUGUCAGUAGUUACAACCCAACACAUUUACUGAAACAAACUGCAUUUUUAAAACUCUUUUAUGUAAAAAUGCUGGGUAUUAAGUGUCCAGAAACGACCCAAACCAACCCAUGUGAAAAAGUUUCCCACAAACCUAACAACUGUUUGUGCCAACUACCCUCAAAGGGUAAUUAUGUUUUCACAUAAAGCCAGGUUGGUUUGUGUUGCUUCUUUAAAAAAAAAUAAAACUGCUGAAAACUGAUGUUUUUCUUUUUACCUCAUCUGAUGUUAACAUUUGUUAGGUCAUCUGAAACAUUAAAGAGACAACAGAACAAAAAGAGUUGCAGACAUGUCUGCCGACGUUCAGGCGGCCCAACCCCGGGCGUUCACCAUGACCUCUGUGUCCAAGCAGUGGUCCUCUGGCAUCUGUGACUGCUGCCAGGACUGCUCUCUCUGUUGCUACACCUGCUGGUGUUUUCCCUGCUUCGCCUGCCAAACGGCCAAGGAGGCUGGAGAGUGUCUCUGUCUCCCCCUGCUGGACGCUUUCGGACUCAUCCCGCCCAUGGCCACGGCACUCCGGGCGUCCAUCCGCCAAAGAUACGGCAUCGAGGGAAGCGUUUGCAGCGACUGCGUGUAUGCGAGCUUCUGCGGGCCCUGCACCUGGUGUCAGAUAUCCAGAGAGAUUAAGACGAGACAAAACCCGGUGGUGUUUGUCAGCACGGCCGCCUGAUCAGAACCAAUGGUCCGCUCCCUCAUCAACAACCCGAGAAGCGGACGUCACGGCCGUCAUCACAGAGACGGCGCCCGAAGAGUUGCCACGCUUGACUGGAUUAAGAGAGACUUUCACAUGUUUCCAGGAAAAUCUGAUUGAACAUUGAGUGAAAAGGAACAAAGGAUGGAAAAUAGGGAAAUAUUUAACUAUCAGCCAUCCAUCCACAUUUUUUUUUCUCUUUAUUGUAGAAAAUACUGAUUUCUUUUGUUUACCAUUUUUAUGUAAUGGUUGAACAAAUAGGCUGCACAGUGGUGCAGUUGGUAGAGCUGUUGCCUUGCAGCAAGAA